AUGCCCGACCUCAGGAACCCAGGCCUACUCUUGGGCCUCAUCGUCCUUGUCGCCUUGGCCAGCCCUGCCGCCGCCUUUGGUGCUGGAAACAUUGCCUCCAUCUCCAAGGUCGAGGGCCAGAACUGGCGACAUGGCGACAUCGAGGACGCCCUUCUCACCCUCGCCAUGGCCCACGCUUUCAAGGGCAAGAAAUUCACAAAAAUCAUGGUUUCUCGCGUCUAUUUUGGCAACUGGUUGCGCGACUACUCGCAAGCCAUCGACGUCGGCACCGUCAAAUCCGUCUCAGCCGAGGCCAUCCGCCUUCUCCUCUGCAUCCUCGGCUUCUUGACCUUUGGCUACGGCUCCGGCGAGUUCGAGGUCACGGCCGAUCGUCUCGGAUGCUACCGUCCCGAGGACCACAUCGACAACCCCAAGAACUAUGCCGACAACCAGGACGCCCGGCAGUACGACCGUCGCUUGCGAGGCCCCAUCGACGAGAGGACAGAGCUAUCCGUCGACCCCGAAUCGGGCAUGAAGAACUACAUCGCAAACGAGCGUGCCGGUAUCAUGACUUCGGCUCAGCACGUGAGGAGACUGUUCAGCGGCUGUAUCGAGCUCGGUCGUCGAUACAAACAGGGCGGUAACAAGGACGAUCUAUACGAAGCGCUUCGCCUGAUGGGCACUGGCCUUCACUGCUUGGAAGACUUCUUCGCCCACAGCAACUACACGGAGCUCGCCCUGAUCGAAAUGGGCGAGGGCAAUGUAUUCCCUCAUUGCGGACGAAACACGCUCAUCCAACUCCAAGGUGCUCGCCAAGAAGUCUACCCCAUCGUCACGGGCACUUUUGGCGGCGUCGAUUUCCUGCACUCGGUCGUGGGCGAAGUGUCGGAUAAGUUGACACAGAACGAGAUUGACGAGCUUGAAGGGACCCUGCAGGAGAGCAAGAAUGCCGACACCAGCGUGCUCCGCGACCUCCUCGACAAGAUCCCCGAUGGCCUCUUUGGGGGCAAGAAGCAGAGCAACAGAAUCGACGAGAUCCAGUCCGAAGCCAACACGGCUCAACUCCAGGGCAUGUCCGUCUCCCCCAAGGAUCCCGAGGAGUUCACCGUCUACGUUGGCCAAGUCUUCCGGCAGGUGAUGCCCGCCAUCCAGUUCCACGAUGACAUCAUGAAGUCCAUCACCAGCGCCGUCGAGAAGAUUCCGGUCCUGCCCAAGAUCAUUGAGCAGCUGGAGGAGCAGCUCUCCAAGUUCGUCUUCUCGGUCAUUGCUCCCAUGGUGGUCCCCCUGAUCCACCAGAUCCGGAACGAGCUUCGAACGGGCUCCGGCGAGAUUGUCCACAGCAGCGAACAGGAGCAGCACAUUGUCUUUGAAGAUGACGGCUCAAGCGACCCCACGCACUCGAUGCUGUCCAAGGACCACUUUUCCAACAUAUUGAACGAGGUCGCUGGCCGAACGGCUGCCAAGAUGCUGCACUGGGUCGUCCCUCAGAUCAUGGAAGCCAUUGACGAUGACGACACCGACGUGAACCGUCUCUUGGACCGCAUUGUCCACGGCGUCUUGCACCACCCGGUCCAGCGAGAAAUGGGACGGGAUGGCGUUGUGGAGGCCCGCCGACUCAUCUUCGGGUCCGUCGAGGAGUGGUGGAGAGAAAUGGGCGACGACCAGAGAGAAGACUACCGCCGCAAGCUGUCUCGCGAGGGCGUCAGGAGGGGCGAGAACCACAAGGAGGGCGUAAACGACACUGGCCAUGGCCACGGGUGCUCUGGCAAGCUCAAGAUGCGAAAGCUUUACGGCGAGCCCGAGACCCUCGAGACCAAGAUUGCCGGCGCGGCCGCAGACGCCAUUGUCCAGGGCGCUACUGGCGCCUUUUCGGGCAUGGUGGAACAAAACACCGGGUACAAGAUGCCCUCUGCCCAUGGCUCGCAGCAGGAAGAGAAGCGAGAGGAAGAGGGCGGCCUGAGCGGAUUCCUCAGCGCCGCCGGCUCCAUCUUGGGAAGCGCUUUUGGCAAGGACGAAAAAGAGAAGCACAGCAGCCACCGCCGCGAAGACGAUGGCUCCUACACUCAGACCCAGACGGAGUUUGGUCGACAUGAGGGCCGAUACGCCCAAGCCGACCGGUAUGAACAGCAAGAGUCGCAUAGCGGAAGGCAGACGGCCGGCUACGGCUAUGAGGAGAGGACGGAGACGCGCCCCACCUACGGCGGCGGCUACGAAGGCCGGCAGCAAGGGGGCGGCUACGGCGGCAGCUCGAAUCGUCGCAAUGAGAAUAGCUAUGGCGGCCACGGCGACAACUACGGCGGCGGCGGCGGCCACGGCGGGCGUGAGGAGAGCUAUGAGAGCAGCGGAAGCAACAGCCGUCGUGAGGAGAGCUACGGCAGCAGCAACAGCCGUCGGGACAAUAGCUACGGGAGCAGCGGCGGCAACAGCGACAACGGGCGUCGGGGAGGACAUGGCACCAGUGGCCGCCGUCGUGAUGAUAGCGAUGAUGAUGAUGACGAGUACGGACGUAGCGAGCGGCGCCCGGGCCACGGGCAGGGCGGUUACGGCGGCGGGGGCUAUUGA